GCGCUUGAUUCAGUUUACUUCACCGGCUUUGCAGAGACCAACAAGACCUUUGUGAUCGCUCGUGUUGCGAAACGUCCCGACGGGCUCUGUGAGAUGUGGCUCUUCCUGAGGGUGGAUGGAAUAGGAGAGUUUGAACACCCACAACAUCCAAACAUGAUGGUGAGUGAUGAAUCUGAAGAGAUCUGGAGUGGAGGAGGGCUCACUAUUGAAUACUUAGAGUCCCAAAAACUCUGGAAAAUAAGCUUCAAUGGAUUACUCAGAAAAGGACCCUACCGACAGCAGUGGAGUGAAGAUGAAGGUGAACUUGUGCCAGUUAAAUUCUCUUUCCAUUGGGAGAACUUCACAGAAGUCUUUAACUUUAGUGUCGACAGUCACCCCAGCACAUUUGCACGUGCUUUUGCCCAGGAGCCGUGGACGAUCGAGUUCUUCCAGAGGGUCAAAAAACAAAGGGAACAGCAUUUCCGACAUGAGCAGUGGGGCCAGUCUGUUGGAGGAAUUGAAAUAGAAAAUCAUGAGAAAACCGAACUUUCCCUCAAAGGCGUUCGGAGCCACUCUUACGGUAUCCGGAACUGGUCUGAGAUUUACCGUUAUGUCAUGAUUUUGGCACACUUUGAAGAUGGGACUGCGGCACAUUUAACAGUUAUUAAUAUGCCAGCUACCACAACUAACCUCACUGUAGGUUACGUCUUCUUCCCUGAUGGGAGGAAGGCUGGCAUUGAGUGGUCCAACGCCUCGCUGGCUGAGAUGGCCGAUGAUGGUGUUAUCCAGGAUGAAUAUGGAGUCAGUUUUACUGCCGGUGGCAAGUACUUUGAUGUUUCUGCAACGCUGGAUAAGCAGGCUUGCCCCGUGGUGUAUAACGGCCUGACUGGAAGCAGCGUUUUCCACGAGUGCAUUGCAGAUUUCCAACUGGAUGGGCUAACACAAGGCUGGGGCUUGGUGGAAUUUUAUUACAGGGACGAAGCUGCCCAGCUGGUUCCGAAUUUGCAGCUUGGUUCGAAAGCUAAAGGACCCGACCUUUCCUCUUGGCACCCUGCGACCAAGGGCUCUUCUCCAUGA